AUGGAUUUCAAUUCAGACCUCAUACCGGAAAACCUGAGACCGGGGAAGAACGAUACCGGUCUGCAGCGCUUCUUGGGAUCCAUCGGGAAUUCGCCGAGAAGAAGACCUGGACUUGGGAAUUCGAACCCGUCUGCUGGUUCAGCCACGCCCACGACAAGACCCUCGCUUAGAUCAAGUACAUCGAUACAAAGCUCGAAUUCCACUGCUCAAACAGAGACACGGCCUACCAGCGUAGAGACAAGGUCUCCCAACGAAGAAACACCCGAACGGCAACCUAGCAAAAAGAUUGUAAAACUCCCUAUAGCCGUACAUCUCACUGGUGGGCAAGUGAAACGCGCGAAGCAGAUAGUUAUAUCCGACCAAGAGUUGUACACGACCACUCAAACAGAUACGCGAUACACCACCGAAGAGACCUCUACAAGGCAAGCCAGCGAAACACCUUCAACAAUCUCUUCGCCUACUGACGAGGAAACAGAAGGUAUGUCUGCUCGACCUCCUCGUGCAAGAGGCGGCCGUGGAGGCGUUAAUGACCAAGGAGAAGAACAAGCACUAUGGAACGACUUUCGUGGAGAUUUCGCGCAGCUCCAAUCUAUGGAGCAGAGAUCGGCAGUUGUUGUGGAGCUCAUAUUCGAGAAGCAAGAACGGAUGCAAGCUUUCAAGGAUCUCGGGAAAAAAAUUCCGAUAUCUGAUAUAGAUGAACUGGAUAAGCUGUAUCGCGAAAAUGUGAGCAUCGCAGAGAAUAUGAAGACGAUUCUAGGUAGCGAUGGUGGCAGUGGAGCAGUACAGAAUCUUGGCAUUCUCAAAGCUCUUGUUGAAAAUAACGAGAAUACAAGAGAGGACGUCACGACAUCGCGCGGUUCUACUUCUCGGGACUCUCACUCAAGAUCGGCAGUUGAUCCAUUUGACGGACCAUCAGCGUCUCCUGGCCCUUCGGCCGCCGAAAAUCGACAGGUUAGAAAGCUUGGUGGCGGCAAUGCUCGAACUGGAAGCCAACCUCCACGGAAUCUGGAUGUGAUUAUCCCCUCUGAGCCUGCGGAAAGGAAUGCGGACAAAAAAAAGUCACCUAUUCUGUUGGAGACGAAGUUGCUUUCAAACGAAAAAUGGGGUAUCGUCACGAGAGUGAUUGGAGAGGGCAAAAGUCGUCGUUACGAAGUUCGAGAUCCUUAUCCAGACGACCUCAACCAAGACAAUUUGUAUAAAUCUUCAGCUUCUCAGAUGGUUCCUAUUCCCAAGCCAAACCUCAAGCUGGAUGAUUACGAGGUCGGAAAGCGGGUUCUUGCCCUUUACCCUGGAACGUCAACUUUCUACCGAGCCGAUGUUAAACGUAUGGUAGAUGGGGAGAACGGAAGGGAGGUCUUGCUACUUUUCGAGGAGGAAAUCGAGGGCCAACAAGAGAAACAAGUUGAUCGUCAACAUGUUCUUGAUCACAAGGGAGUAUGA